CCAAUUGCCGCUCUGCGCUCUUCAACGGUUGUAUCCUCUAGGGUUUAUCGUUUGGGAGUUUCGCUGCGAUUGGGGGGUUUUCUGAUCCUUUUUUUGGUCUCCGUAGAUUGAAUUUAGGGUUUUGUAUUUUUGCUGUUACUAUGGCUCGAUUGAUUCUUCCUUGCAAAAGCUCGUCUCUAGCGAGGACCGGCCUCCUGGGUUUGAUAUCUUCUGCUCCUCUUCCUGUUAGAAGCUGUUGUCUUCCACUUCACACCCCUGCAAAAGGAGCAACUCAAUACAAGCGGUUUCUUACAUCUAAUGCCAUUUGUCUGAGGAAAUAUCGAUUUCCAGCUCAUUCCGUCGUUAGAUAUAAUUCAGGUAGCAGGAAGCUAAUUUGUUCGGUUGCCACAGAGCCUGUUCCUGAUAAAGUUGAGGAAUCCAAAAUGGACGCACCUAAAGAAAUAUUUCUCAAGGACUACAAGAUGCCUGAUUACUACUUUGAUACCAUGGACCUGAGCUUCUCUCUGGGUGAAGAGAAAACAAUCGUUACCUCCAAAAUUAAUGUUCUUCCUCGAGUUAAAGGUGCUUCUGCUCCCUUGGUCUUGGAUGGGCACGACUUGAAGCUACUUUCUGUCAAAGUUGAUGGGAAGGUUCUAAAGGAAGGAGAUUACAAGCUGGAUGCUCGCCAUCUUACUCUCCCUUCACUGCCAGCCAGUGAGUCCUUUGUUUUGGAAAUUGAUACUGAGAUAUACCCCCACAAGAAUACUUCACUAGAGGGACUUUACAAGUCCUCUGGGAACUUCUGCACCCAGUGUGAAGCAGAAGGUUUCCGGAAAAUUACAUUUUACCAGGAUCGGCCUGAUAUUAUGGCAAAGUACACGUGUCGUAUUGAAGCUGAUAAAUCACUCUAUCCAGUGUUGCUGUCCAAUGGAAAUCUCAUUUCUCAAGGCGAACUUGAGGGUGGCCGGCACUAUGCACUAUGGGAGGACCCAUUCAAGAAACCUUCCUACCUCUUUGCGCUUGUGGCUGGACGUCUGGUAAGCAGAGAUGAUACAUUUACCACACGCUCUGGUAGGCAAGUAUCUUUGCGAAUCUGGACUCCUGCAGAAGAUGUAGCAAAGACAGCUCAUGCUAUGUAUUCUCUAAAGGCCGCAAUGAAGUGGGAUGAGGACGUGUUUGGCCUUGAGUAUGAUCUGGAUCUCUUCAACAUUGUCGCUGUUCCAGAUUUUAACAUGGGUGCCAUGGAAAACAAGAGUUUGAAUAUCUUUAAUUCCAAGCUUGUCUUGGCAUCUCCAGAAACUGCAACAGAUGGCGAUUAUGCUGCAAUUCUGGGAGUUAUCGGUCAUGAAUAUUUCCACAAUUGGACAGGGAACAGGGUGACAUGCCGUGACUGGUUCCAACUCAGUCUAAAGGAAGGGCUUACUGUCUUCCGUGACCAGGAGUUUUCAUCUGACAUGGGAAGUCGGACUGUAAAGCGGAUUGGUGAUGUUUCGAAGCUUCGAAUUUAUCAGUUCCCUCAGGAUGCUGGUCCCAUGGCUCAUCCUGUUCGCCCCCAUUCUUACAUAAAGAUGGACAACUUUUACACAGUGACGGUUUACGAAAAGGGAGCUGAGGUCGUGAGGAUGUACAAAACGCUACUAGGAAGCCAAGGAUUUCGAAAGGGUAUGGAUCUCUAUUUUGAAAGACAUGACGGGCAAGCUGUUACUUGUGAAGACUUCUUUGCUGCCAUGCGAGAUGCGAACAAUGCAGAUUUCGCAAAUUUCUUGCUAUGGUAUUCUCAAGCUGGAACCCCAGUUGUCAAAGUGACUUCGUCUUACAAUGCUGAAGCUCAUACUUUCUCUUUGAAGUUCAGUCAAGAAGUACCCCCAACUCCAGGACAACCCACCAAAGAAUCGAUGUUUAUUCCUGUCGUUGUUGGUCUUCUGGACUCGAGUGGUAAUGAUAUGAAACUGACUUCUGUUUAUCACGACGGUACACCGGAAAGCAUUUCAAGCAGCAGCACUAUACUUCGAGUGACCAAGAAAGAAGAAGAAUUUGUGUUCUCUGAUAUAUCCGAGCGACCAGUUCCUUCUCUACUGAGGGGACUCAGUGCUCCAGUGCGUCUAGAAACUGAUCUUUCUGAUAAUGACUUGUUCUUCCUGCUAGCCCAUGAUUCAGACGAGUUCAACCGCUGGGAGGCGGGUCAAGUUCUUGCGAGGAAGCUUAUGCUCAGCUUAGUCGCUGACUUCCAGAAAAAUAAGCCAUUGGUUCUGAAUCCAAAAUUUGUGCAAGGUCUUGGCAGUAUACUGUCCGAGUCGAGCUUAGACAAAGAAUUCAUUGCCAAGGCAAUUACACUGCCCGGUGAGGGAGAGAUAAUGGACAUGAUGGUGGUUGCGGAUCCUGAUGCUGUUCACGCCGUCCGAAAGUUUGUGAGAAAGCAGCUUGCAUCCGAACUAAAAGCUCAGCUUCUAAAGACAGUUGAAAACAACAGAAGCACAGAAGCAUAUGUUUUCGACCAUGAUAGCAUGGCGAGGCGUGCUUUGAAGAGCAUAGCUCUAGCCUAUCUUGCAUCACUUGAAUAUCCAGCAAUUACCGAGCUUGCCUUGAACGAAUACAAGACCGCAACCAACAUGACUGAUCAAUUUGCUGCUUUAGCAGCCUUAGCUCAGAGUCCGGGUAAAACUCGUGAUGAUGCUCUUGCCGACUUCUAUGACAAGUGGCAGCACGAUUUCUUGGUUGUUAACAAAUGGUUCGUCCUUCAAGCUACAUCUGACAUUCCCGGAAAUGUUGAGAAUGUCAAGAAGCUUUUGAAUCAUCCUGCAUUUGAUCUUCGUAACCCAAACAAGGUUUACUCGCUCAUUGGAGGAUUCUGCGGAUCCCCAGUGAAUUUCCAUGCCAAAGAUGGAUCGGGCUACAAGUUCUUGGGCGAUAUCGUCGUCCAAUUAGACAAAAUAAACCCUCAGGUGGCUUCUCGCAUGGUUUCCGCCUUUUCACGUUGGAAGCGUUAUGACGAAACCCGACAAGCCCUCGCCAAGGCACAACUGGAAAUGAUAAUGUCAACAAAUGGACUGUCUGAAAAUGUGUUUGAGAUUGCCUCUAAGAGCUUGGCUGCUUAGUUUCAUGACAUUCAACGGUAAAUUACCUCAAAAAGAGACUUCUUCAUAAACUUUUUACAUCAUAUUCGCUAUAUAUUUACAUAUGACUUGGACAUUAUACUUGCCGUUUGUUAUUUUGGUCGUGCAAUAAAUUAUUCGCGGAUUUUAACAAGUGUUUUCGAUCUUAUCUAAUUAAAUACUCUUUAGUUC